ACAAAACGUCUAUUAUAUUACCUUGACAAUCACGAAUUACUUUAAAAACACCCUAAAGAGAUUUUAUUAUCAAACAAGUGCGUCAUUUGGCCUGCCAAUUUGUUCUCAAACACAUAAAAACAUUUGCACUUUUUGUUCUUCUCAAAGCUUCGUGUCUUUGUGACAAUGACUCUUUGCAUACUCCAUUGAARGGCUAAAGAAAAUAGCUUUGUWUUUAAGUGUUUAAGUGCACUUGCAGAAACAAUAGGGGUAAUUAGCGAGAUUAUUCAAAUGUAAAUUUCUUAUUCCGGAGUACGCUGCUAACAAGCUGAAUUAUGACGAGGUAAAUUAACUURUAAAGUUGAGUUGCUCAGUGUUCUCUUGAACUUGAAAUUAAUUACUCGAAAACUUCGUAAAGGCACGUUUUUGUGAACACGCUUGGAUAUAAAGCUCGAAAACAAAAGUGGAAAGUAAAGACAUCGCUCCGAUGAUAUCAGUAUUAAAUCCAAGCAGUCCUGGUUACUGCUUGCCGGGUUUAGUKAAAAACUCAAGCCGAGGAAGAUCCAAAAUCAAACAGAAUACCAGUCCAAAAGUWAAUAUCCAAGGACGAAAGUGUUUCGAAAAAGCUCAAGACACAGUUACAAAAACUUCAAGCAAAAUACCAUCACAAGUUGUUAGCUAUGGUCGCCAUUACUCGUCAGAGGGUUCUAAAGAUAAUUCUAUUUCCAGCAGUGAAUCCAUUCCAGAAGAUUUUGAAACCACGGAACAGUCUAGGACAGCAGCAGAAUUACCGGGUACAUUAGUGGCUUUAGAAGGACAUAAAAUGCGCGUUAAAAUAAUCGAGAARGCGACUAUAAAAAGAGUAAGACGAUUGAGAAUUUUAAAAUCCAUGGAAAAUCAUGAAUCGCAAGCUGAAUUGAUUGAGAAUCUACAGAAUGAAAUAGAUCCGCGGAAAAAAGGACAUCAAAAUCGAAAUUCACCGUUAACCAGAGAACUUUCCUCGCCUGAAAACGGUUYAAGAAAAAGCCCUAAGAACUCCUCGAAAAGAGUAUUUCAGAUUCCUAAAGUAGAAAGUUACGAUAUUUUAACCCCACGAACAAUCCUAUCCAGUGAAGCUUGCCAAGUGUUUCGAGAAAAAACAGUUGAAACAACGUGUUCAAAAUCUCACGAAAGUGCUCAUUUACAUGUAAAUAAGUUAAGGACUAUAUUUGAUGCAGAAGACAAUACGAUAGAAUUCAGACAACCUUCUCCUGUACGUGGAAUGAGAUUAAACCCAAAAGAAGAAAUUCAGUGCAUUGAAAAAGCUCUUGAACUCGUUGAGAAAAACAACUYRAUAGAAAAUCUUCCUGAUCUGCCUAGUACAGARAAWGAACAGUCGCGUAUUGUAAAGAAAUUUGUUAUACGUCUUCCUCCAAUAUUUUAAAAAAGCUGCAUUCGUUUGUAAUCUAUUUUUGUAUAUGAAUGUUUAGUAAAACUGCAUAUUUAGAGAUAAUUGUGUAAUGWUUAAAAUGCCAUGUUUGAAGAAUCUAAUAGCGGCAAAAUUCGAGAAAUCAAAAUGUCCAGCUCGUCGUCGCGCAACUGAGAUCAUAWAUCGUUGCUGUCCAGAUAAUGAGAUAAUCGAGUUCUAAUUUUUUUGUUGUGUUUUUGUUUGUUUUUAUUUUAUUUUUUAUGUAACUGGCAGCAAAAAACAGCCUGCAUGCGCGCACAGGCACGUGGCAGACGUGGCACAACUCACUGAAGAAUCGCAAAUCUGAAAGGGAUGGCGGUCAACACCAUGUGUGCAGGCUGCCGAAUCUUGGUAAAGUCAAUUACAACAAAAGUGUAAUCAUCAUAGAAAAAAGCUAUAAAAUACGAAAAACAAUAAAAAUGCAUUUAAACUUGAGGUGAGCAUGUGCAUUGCGCUACAGUUGAGAACAUUUUGCCUGCCGAUGGA